UCGGCCGGCCGAACAUGAGCUUCUCGUGAGCCGAGUCUGACGAUUAUCCGAGUUUAGUGGGCCACCAGCCGAGGGAUUGCAACCGACGGUGAGACUAGGCCGCUGGCCUUCUGGUGUCCGGCCAUGGAGACCGAGGAGCUGACCAAACUCGUCGACGACAUCUACAAGAACAUAUUGGACAAGUUCAAUCCAGGAGCGAGGCAACUGAUCAACGCGGGAAAGGCCUACUUGAAAGCGUUACAUGGCGCCGCCGCGGCUUCCAAAGUCUACGUGGACGCGCUGUCGAGACUCGCCAGGCAGGCGCAACUUGGAACGUGGGGUGGCUCUCAAGAUGUCGGAUCCGCCCUGAUGAGAAUCGUCGAGGUUUACAAGGAGAUACAGGAGCAGGAGAUAAACAUACUCAAAGCGUUUUACGUAGACCUGCUGGUGCCACUGGAAACAAAUCUCGAGAAGGACACAAAAGUCGUGCAGAGCGAGCAGAAAAAGUUCCUGCAGCAGCACAAGACGCGCAGUGAGACUUACAGCAAGGCCGCGGCGACGAUGAAGAAGCAGAGGAAGAAGUCGCGCGGCGCCAGCAAGAGCGGCCUCGCCAUGGACAAAGAGCUCAAGAACAUGCAGAUCCUCGAGGAGGAGAAGUCCAAGCUUGACGCCUUCUGCGAGCAGAGCCUCAAAAAUGCCAUGACACAGGAGAGGCGAAGAUACGGCUUCGUGCUCGAGCGGCAGUGUUCCCUGGCCAAGCACUACGCGAGCUUCCACGAGGUAGCCCUGGCGGCACUUCAUCCCUCGGUGGACGAGUGGCGUGAAAUCGCGGCCACGCGCGAGUACCUACCUCAGUCCGUCGAGGACAUGUUCGCCUCGAGGCUCAGGCAAGUGUCAUUUUGGCCGGAGGACGACGAGAACGGCGGCUCGGAAUUGACGAUGAGCUCGCAGCUGCGCAAGACCCGCAGCAUGGACAGCUCGUGCCUUGAGCUGAGGCUGGGCCCACCGCAAAGCCAGUCGGUGCACGCGGGAUUGCAUCACGGCCAGGGCUCGUCGCACCUGCCAGCCGCGCUGUCACGCGCCAGGUCCGAGGCUAACCUGCACGCCUCCACCUUGUCACUUGGACCCGAAGUGCCGGACACACCACCGAGGCCGCGGUCCAUGGCGCCGGUGAGCCGCAACAGCGGCGUAAGUGGUGGCUUGAUAUCCAGCUUCUGGGGCGAGACUCCACUUGCUCGUGCUCUCUUUGCCUACCUCAGCUCCGGCGAGAAUCAGCUCAGCUUCCACGAGGGUGACCUCAUUGCGCUCAUGGGCGACCGACAGAAGGGCUGGCAAUUCGGCGAGAACCUACGCACUCAGAGCUCCGGCUGGUUUCCCCUGGCAUACACAGAGAUUAUGGUCGACGAAGCAGUAGGGUCGCCGAAUCACAGCACGAGCAACGGAGGCCGUCCGAGCAACGGUGCGGUGGACGCCAAAGCCAUGCCUCCGAAUAAGCCUCCGCCGUCCCGGCCACCUAUGCCCAACAACAACAACAGCAACGGCAACGACGAGUCCAUGAACGGCGGCAGUAGCAGCAACGGCAUCCACGACGUCAACAACGGGACCCUCACCUCCAACAACUCAAGCGCGGGCAACGCGUCCGCCAACAGCGCGCCAAAGAGCAAUAACAGCUCGCACGGCAUUGUACCGGCCUCCGCCAGGCAGGCCAAAUCGAUUCGUCCAACUGGAACGCUGCCGACGAUGUUGGGAGGUGGGGGGCGCAGGGUGCAGCCGCCGGUACCCCCGGUGCCGCCACCCCAGGCCGUCACGUCGCUGCACAGCAGCAACGACAGCGGCUUCUCCAACGAGCCGCCCGUGCAGCCGGACAUCGAUUAUAGCGACGACGAGGCCAUGAGCUUUUUAUCGUACGAUUGCGGCAAAGCAGCUAACAACAACAUCAUCAACAACAACAACCACAACAACAACAACAACAAUAACAAUAACAACAACAAAGAUGAUAGCAAGAUUAUAGGGUCCAACGACAGCAAGGACUGGGAAAACGAUUCGUGGAAGACAAUACCGCGGGACGACAAGUCUUGGCAUCAUUACCGAAGCUCAAUGACAGAGUACUGGUCCGACGCGAGCGUUACGGGAAAAAACGAGCAGACUAACGGAAAAUCCGGACGUCACGAUACCGAAGAGCGUCGAAACCUGAGGAACUCGGAGAGCGAGCCAGCUGGCCCAACCAAGAAGGAGAGGAAGCAGCAGCACGACGCCAACAAUCAAAAGAACGAGUACGAGAACACGCGAGCCCCAGCGAGGAACUCCGACCGUGGCAAGUUCUCGGCCAACGAGGAUCGCAAUAGCGGUAGAAGCUACAGCCGCAGAAACGACAGAGACGAAGACCGGUCCAGGUACGAGAGACGCGACGUCGAAACCGAAGACGACGAGAUAGAAGUGGAAGUGGACGUCGAAGAGGAAGAGGACGAAAGCUACAACGUCAGUAUGGAGUACCGAUCGGAGAAGUACGAGAACAAAAAGUACUACGAGAACCACAACGGGAACGACCGUCGUUCCGACUACCGAGGCGACAACGACUCCAAGUACGACAACGAGAAGACCAGCGACUCGUCCUCGUCCCGUUCGUCGGACUCGGAAGAAGAGAGCACGAUGCCUGAAACCGGUCGCAAGGUCGAGCAGAUAGCCCAGAAGCUCGAGCAGACCGCCCAGAAGUACGCACGCGAGCACAGUCCACCCAAGUUCAUGGAACGCCGCAACAUGGACUACAGUAAGAGCACCCUCGAGAGACCCCACGACGACACCAAAUCCACGAACGCGUCCUACGAUAAGUACGAGCGCGAGAUACGAAAUGGGAGACCGGCCCAGCGUCCACCGAGUAGCAGCGAUCGGUACACCGACAAGUCGCUCGUGUCGUCGCGACAGUCGACUCUGACUUACGACCGUGAGAGGUCUUACGACAAGAACCAAGAGCGGAAACGCGUUUCGAGCCGUGGGCCCUUCGAGAGACCCAGACCGCCCUCCCAGGAGGCCCCCGAAAGACCAACGGACCAGCAGCUACAGCAGAGAGAUCAGCAACGCUACCGGGAGCGCAGAUACUCCGAGAAGGAGGAUAUCUACGGGGAAACGACGAUAACACCACCGAUCGCCUUCUCCAACGACCCGAUGCUCGUCGACAAGGAUCGCGGCUACGAGUCCAACUUUGAAACCAAACUGGAGAGAACCAAGGUUCUGGAACGCCACGGCUUUUCACGGACGGCCAGACCGGCCGAGAGCCACAACGACUCGAACAACAACAAUGUGAAGGUGGACAGCAGAAAGCCACUGGUGCCGAGACAAAGCACUGCCUUGGGCCACUUGAUACAGACCGGCCGUGGUGGUUUCGAUCUCGAGAACAAGAGUCCGAAACUGGUCAAGCGGACAAAGAGCUUCUGGAGAUUCCGUCGGGACUCGGAAGUGCUGGAGGGCAUGGCCCUGUGGCAGCACCGGUCGCUCGUCGACAUCCCGAAGAUGCUCAAGAAAGACGCCAAACUGGACAAAUCCCGGGAGUUGAACGAGUCGAGAAAGUCCGGCAGUUCCGGGAGCAGUCCUGGACCGUCGCACCGUAGCCUCGAGCGCAAGAACAGCGACUCGACCAUAACGAACGAGCGCAUCAACGGGGUCGAGCCACCGAUGCCGGAUGAGCCCAAGCCCGCGGAACGGGUCCACCUGCCGGACAAAUCCAUGUCGUCGUUGGACUACUUUGACGACCCCUCGCCGACACCGGCCGAGAGACCGAAGAACCCCGGCAGGGGCGAGUACCGCAACUCGAGGCACUACGAGGACCAGAGGUCCUACUUUGUGGGCAACGUGUCGAGAAAGGCCAUCAUAGAGAACGAGCGGAAGCGCAGUAUGGAAGCCAAGAGGAACAUGAUAGUGGCAGAGCUGAAGGAGAACAAUCAGGCCAAAAGGAACGAGCGGAGGAAGAAGGCCUACGGCGAGGACGACGACGACGACGAUGAUGGGAUCAUAGUACAGCGUUUCACGGAGACGGAAGCUUCGGACGAAGAGUCGACGUACAGUUGUAUCAUUGUCAAGGACCAAGCGGUGUCCGAGAAGACCCUCUUGCCGAGGACGAAGCUUAGAAGGGACAGCGAGCGGGGGGACAGGAACAAGAAGACGUGCGGUCCGUGGUACGAUCUGUGGGGCGUCGAUCAGUCGGUGAUCAAGAAGAAAAAGAAGAAGCAGCAGUGA